CUCUGACACGCUAAACUAUAACCCUCUUCCCUCUUUAAAUUGCUUCUUAAUUCUCCAGUCCUCAGAAGAUGGGUUUAAUCGGAUUGCAAAACUGGAAAUCCAAGAACGGCGCAAAAAGAGCACCCUCUCCGUAGCGCUAGGAAACGGUGGCAAUGAUCAGCGCACACAGCACGAUGCUGGACCCGGAGUUUCACACGCAAUGAAUUCUGCGAAUGGAACAGAGACUGAGUCCAGCGCAGAAGAGUACAUUUUCGCCUCUGGCACUCUCAAACUUCUUGCUUUCACUAUCGGAAUAAUUGGCGUCUUUGGUUUUUGCAACAACGUAAUCGUUUUGGUGCUUUAUUACAAAUUUAAGAGACUCCGGACGCCCACAAAUUUGUUAUUGGUAAAUAUAAGUAUAAGCGACUUGCUGGUGUCUCUUUUUGGAAUUAACUUUACAUUUGCUUCUUGCAUCAAAGGAGGGUGGGUCUGGAAUUCGCCAACAUGCAUCUGGGAUGGUUUCAGCAACAGUUUAUUUGGUGUCGUGUCCAUCAUGUCUCUGUCCACCCUGGCGUACGAACGCUACAUACGAGUCGUGCAUGCCAAAGUGGUUGACUUCCCCUGGGCCUGGAAGGCAAUCACGCAGAUAUGGCUCUAUUCGCUGGCCUGGACUGGGGUGCCGCUGUUCGGCUGGAAUCAGUAUGUACUUGAGACCCACCAGCUGGGAUGCUCCCUGGACUGGUCUUCCAAAGACCCCAAUGACUCUUCCUACAUAAUCUUCUUCCUACUAGCCUGCUUCUUUGUGCCCAUCGGGAUAAUGGCUUACUGCUAUGGGAAUAUCCUGUACACUGUGCGAAUGCUUCAGUCUAUCCAGGACCUUCAGACAGCUCAGGUAAUUAAAGUCCUUUGUUAUGAGAAAAAGGUGACGGCCAUGUUUCUGCUGAUGAUAUCCUGCUUCCUUGUCUGCUGGACACCCUAUGCAGUCGUGUCCAUGCUGGAGGCCUUCGGCAAAAAGAAGGUCAUCACGCCGUCUCUCUCCGUCAUUCCCUCCUUUCUGGCCAAGUCCAGCACGAUGUACAACUUUCUGAUCUACAUCACCAUGAGCCGAAAGUUCCGCCGCUGCCUGCUGCAGCUGCUCUGCUCUCGCCUGUUGAGACUGCAGCAAAGCAUUAAAGAGCGGCCACUACCCCAGGUGAACCAGCCCAUCCGUCCCAUUGUCGUCUCCCACAGAGUAAGCGACCGCCCUAAGAAGAGGGUGACAUUCAGCUCAUCUUCCAUCGUCUUUAUCAUCACCAGCAAUGACACCCAACAGCUGGAUGUGUCCCCCAGGGGAGACAUGUCAGAGGUCAAUGUCAUCCAAGUGCGACCACUCUGACCCAGCAGACCUGUUGUGGCACCACCUUUGCUUAUGAACAGCAUGCUGAACCUCAUAAGUUCUUCACCAAGAUGCUUCAGACCCAGAAUAGUACUGAACUGAUGGCAAUUCUCUACAGGAUUUUUUCUAAAUCCAGUCAUUGGGAAGCAGCAGUCCGUCCACAUUUUGGGAGCUGGGAGGGAGCAAAAAUGUAGGGUCUGGCAGGGAAUUGGGAGGGAGCAAAAAUGUAGGGUCUGGCAGGGAAUUGGGAGGGAGCAAAAAUGUAGGGUCUGGCAGGGAAUUGGGAGGGAGCAAAGACGUGGACUGUCUGUUGGUUCCCUAAGACCGGUUUGGGAAACACUGCUCUGCAGCCAUUAUUAAUCUCAAGGAUGUACAUGGUCUUAUGCAGAUCAGUUUCCUCUGGUGGUGAAGUGCUCAGUCACUCUCCAGUAUGGUAACAGAAGGCACGAUGUAGACCAUUAUCUACAGGUCUUCAGUAUAUGCACUAUUUUUUAUACAAUGUCAACCGCAUAUCAGUAUUAAAUGGCAUAUUAUGGAAUAGUGAUCUGUUUUACUAUGUACACUGUUAUUGUGUUGAAAUCUUUAUUUUUCAAGAUUAUUUUUUCAGGGUCUGAGUGUUAAUUUGCAUCUAUUAUGCACAUUUCUGAGGGUGUUUGGUGUCGAGUCGAGGAACCUGUGAAGCCUGUUAUCACACAUUACAAGGUCUAUCUUUAUCCAGAAAGUGCAAUGCAGAGUGAAGACUUCAGGUGGCCUGGUUCAUGAGCCUUAAACUUCUGAAAAUCUUUAUUCAUAUUCUCAAAACCAUGUACAAAAUAAUAAAUAACCAUAUUUAUUUUUC